CGAGGUGUGGGGGAGCAGCGCCUCCAGCCUACACCUCCCGUCACGACCCGGGCCAGGGCCCGCCCGUCGCGGCCAUGACGCGCGGGGCGCGCCCGGCGGCUGAGGCUGCGCGGGCAAGAUGGCGGCCCCGGCCGAGCGGCGGUGAAGGGACGGGCUGGGCUCCGCGUCGCCGGAGGAGCUGCGGGAUCGAGGCCGGUCAGGGUGAGGGGAAGGCGGGAGAGCUGCGCUCGUCCGUGUUGCAGGAGGGCUGGAGCUGACCAUGCCUGGCGUGUGAGGCGGGACCCUCAUCCGGAAAGUAAGCGGGGCCAGGAGGAGCGGUGCUCUGCAGGGGGGGCUGGGGCCUCUCUGCUGGAAGGGAGGAAAGCGCAAUGUCACUAUUGUUUAGUCGUUCCAAGUCAAUAGUUGCAGUGAAGAAGGAUAAAAGACACAUGGCUGAGGUAAAUGCUUCUCCGCUUAAACAUUUUGUCACUGCAAAGAAGAAAAUCAAUGGUAUUUUUGAACAGCUGGCUGCAUACAUCAAUGAGAGCUCCUCGUUCCUGGAAGAAACACACAAGAAUGUUGAGCUUGAUCCUGUCACCACAGAAGAGCAGGUACUGGAAGUCAAAGGCUAUCUGUCAAAAGUCAGUGGCAUUAGUGAAGUGCUGGCAAGGAGACACAUGAAAGUGGCUUUUUUUGGAAGGACAAGCAAUGGAAAAAGCACGGUGAUAAAUGCUAUGCUGUGGGACAAAGUCCUUCCUUCAGGAAUUGGACACACCACUAAUUGUUUUCUGCGUGUAGAAGGGACAGAUGGACAUGAGGCUUUCCUGCUUACUGAAGGCUCAGAGGAAAAGAAGAAUGUUAAGACAGUGAAUCAGCUGGCUCACGCCCUUCAUCAAGAUGAGCUUCUGAAUGCUGGCAGUCUAGUCAGCGUAAUGUGGCCCAAUUCCAAAUGUCCUCUCUUAAAGGAUGAUCUGGUGCUCAUGGACAGCCCUGGCAUUGAUGUAACCACAGAGCUGGACAGCUGGAUUGACAAGUUCUGUCUAGAUGCUGAUGUGUUUGUCCUGGUGGCAAAUUCAGAAUCAACGUUGAUGCAAACAGAGAAACAAUUCUUUCACAAGGUGAACGAACGUCUGUCUCGACCCAAUAUAUUUAUUUUAAAUAAUCGCUGGGAUGCAUCUGCCUCUGAACCAGAAUACAUGGAAGAGGUACGUCGACAACACAUGGAGCGGUGUACCAGUUUCCUGGUAGAUGAGCUGGGCGUGGUGGAUCGAGCACAGGCAGGGGAUCGAAUUUUCUUUGUGUCUGCAAAAGAAGUGCUGAAUGCCAGGAUUCAAAAGGCUCAAGGGAUGCCAGAAGGAGGUGGAGCACUGGCAGAUGGGUUUCAAGUGAGAAUGUUUGAGUUUCAGAACUUUGAGAGAAGAUUUGAGGAAUGUAUCUCCCAGUCAGCAGUAAAGACAAAAUUUGAGCAGCAUACAGUGAGAGCAAAGCAGAUUGCUGAAGAUGUUCGUCUCAUCAUGGAUUCUGUGCAUAUUGCCGCCCAGGAACAGCGAGUUUACUGUCUGGAAAUGCGAGAGGAGCGACAGGAACGUUUAGGUUUUAUUGACAAACAGCUGGAGCUCCUUACUCAAGACUACAAGCGGAAAAUAAAACAGAUCACAGAAGAAGUGGAGAGGCAGGUAUCAAAUGCAAUGGCAGAAGAAAUCAGACGGCUUUCCGUGUUGGUAGAUGAAUACCAAGCAGAUUUCCAUCCAUCUCAAGUAGUUCUGAAAGUUUACAAGAACGAGCUACAUAAACACAUUGAGGAAGGUCUGGGCCGUAACAUGUCAGAUCGUUGCUCCAAUGCAAUCACAGCUUCUCUGCAGACAAUGCAACAAGAAAUGAUAGAUGGCUUAAAACCCCUUCUCCCAGUCUCUUUGCGUGGCCAGAUAGACAUGUUAAUUCCUCGACAGUGCUUCACGCUCAGCUACGAUCUGAACUGUGAUAAACUUUGUGCUGACUUCCAAGAAGACAUAGAAUUCCAUUUCUCUCUUGGGUGGACGAUGCUGGUGAACAGAUUUUUGGGACCAAAGAAUGGUCGUCGGGCCUUGAUGGGCUAUAAUGACCAGGUUCAGCGCCCUUUGACACCAGCAAAUCCUAGCCUGCCUCCUUUGCCUCAGGGUUCUAUGACCCAGGAAGAGCUCAUGGUGUCAAUGGUCACUGGACUGGCCUCGUUAACUUCCCGAACUUCCAUGGGGAUCAUCGUGGUUGGUGGAGUGGUCUGGAAGGCUGUGGGUUGGAGACUGAUUGCUCUCUCUUUUGGCCUUUAUGGGCUUCUUUAUGUAUAUGAGCGUCUCACCUGGACUACAAAAGCAAAGGAGAGAGCUUUCAAACGGCAGUUUGUGGAGUAUGCUGGAGAGAAAUUGCAGCUCAUUGUCAGCUAUACAGGUUCUAAUUGCAGCCACCAAGUCCAACAAGAGCUUGCUGGAACAUUUGCUCAUUUAUGUCAGCAAGUGGAUGUCACACGGGAGAAUCUUGAGCAGGAAAUUUCUGCUCUGAAUAAAAAAAUUGAAGUUUUGGAUUCACUGCAGAGCAAAGCAAAACUGCUCAGGAAUAAAGCGGGUUGGCUUGACAGUGAACUUAACAUGUUCACACAUCAGUACUUGCAGCAAAGCAGAUAGUGUGGGAAGAAGAGGAAAAACAACACCAUUUCUUCCCUUCAGUGCUCUUUCAGUUACUGCAGAGAACAUGGUGGGUGAUGGAAUCCCUAAAGGGAGUGAGCAGAAGUCUAUCGCUGUGUUUCCAGUUGCUGUGUGAACAGUAGGAUUCUGCAUCCUUGUUUUGUGUCCCACCUCUAAACACUAGCUAUUUAUAACUCCCUUUUCCUGCUUGGGAGACCAGGCUACUUCAGAAGCAAUGUGUGCUUCAUACAUUUACAGGGGGCUGCUAAAAUCAAAAUGAGGUUCAGUAACAGUCAAGUUUAAAAGCAAAUGUUUAUCAGGUUAAAUGUUAUUCUAACACAUCUUUCUUUAUGGAGUCGUUCAUUUUAUUACACUAAGACAGAGCUUUUGACUUCAAAGCCCCAAGUUUAUGUAUGUGACAAGCAGCUGUUUUUCUAAACAGUGAUCUCAUGCACACAAGUAAUAGCAAUUUCACAAUACUUUUAUAGCCCCUGGAAGCCUAUCUCCUAGGUAAACCUUCCGUUAUUGUAGAACAUGGCAAAGAACCGCUGCACUGUUUCUCUUCAUAGAAAGGUUUAUUGCUGUCAGCAUGUUUAAACCUGUGAACAAAACCUAGUUCUCUUCCAGAGCAAGACUGACCAAGAUUUUGUUUUGGUACGUUUAUUGUCUUUGGAGUUACUUUCUUCCUCUUCAAAGCUAUUUAAUAAUGCAGUCUGACCCAUUUCACAUCAUACGUAAAUAGUUUGCAACGUCAUAGCUAGCUCCUGGGAAGGAGUUAGUGUUGAUAAUUUGGCAUCUUGUUGAGGAAGAAAAUUAGGAAUGAAAAAAUGAGCCACUUGACAGAAUGUAAAUAACUGCUUUAUGAGAUAAGUUGAUGAAUGUGGGGGGUUUUUGGCAUUGCACAGCUGUGUUUCUGGAAGCAGGCCUUUGGAAUUCCAUUAGCAUUAUUUGGCCACGAGGGCAGCAUGGGGAUUACAAGCUGUAAGAGAUUAUGCUUCAUGUAGAGUUCCCAUAUGAUGUUACAGUCCUUGCAGUAAUAUGAUUUGUUGUUUCUCUUCUGUUAAAAGUCUGAAGGUGGGAGACCUGUCCUUCCUAUUUAAUGCCAGGGUAAGAAUGGGUUAAGUUUUUUAAGACAUUUUUUAUUUGCAAACGGAUCAAAUUGAUUAUUGAGUUCUGCCCUGAAGCAAAUUAAUUUUGAGUAUAAAAUUUGAGAAUUAUAAGGACUUGAUUCUCUUUGUGUUGAAAUUGGUAGAGGAGACAUUCCCACUGAUUUCACUAGUACCAAGAUCAGGCUCCUAUGUUGCAAAGCUUCUUCUCCACUUGGUGGAUCUGUAUUUUACCAUGUAUUGGGUAUGACCUGUAUAUUCCCCACAAAAUGUCCCUCAGGAAUCCAGAAUCAGAUCCUGUAAUUAAUUCUGAGGUUAGGGUCAACCAAAAUCCGUUCAGUAUCAAACAUUUAGAGAAUAUGAAUUAUCUGUGAGCAGGUCACGGCUCAAUUCAGAACUAUUAAGGUAUGUUUUGUUGUCGUUGCUGUAUUGAGAGUAAGACUUUUCAAUUGAAAAUGUUAUCAGCUAGCCUUAGGACUUCUCAUUUAUGCUCAGGUGUGAAUGUAUGUGCCUGUGACAAGUACACCGCUUCGUGUGAAGGUCCAGAGAAGAAGCUGCCUGAUACUAGAGGGAGAAAAAAUAGCAGAGUGUCAGUAAGUACUUCAGGCUGUUUAAAGAUUAGCAGUAAGACUCGAAGUAUCUUGGUUAUGUAGCAGCUGGCAGUGAGACUCUGGUUAGGUCCCUGGAAUGCAGACGGCAAACAAACAUUUCACUUCCUGGGGACAGCUUUGAAUGCAACCCAAACUGAAAAGCUGUUUUCAUCAGAGGGCUCCUUAUUGGCCUUGUUCAGUUUCCUCGGGCAGCUGCCAGUACACAAAUAUCAGAACUGAGAAUGGGGAAGAGAAAUUUGAGUCUUUGCCAUUGGAAAUGUGUUCUCUAGGCUUGAGGUGAUGUAUGCCAGAGUAAGUGGAAUCAUCCACGGUUAUUCUGCUGUAGGUAUUAGGUGAAUAAAUUCAGAUCUUUAGUCUCCUAAGCUAUUAUGUAUGCAUUUCUAAUAGGCAAUGUAUCAUGCUUUUGAGUGAAAACAUUAAGCAGAUCUCGGAUACAACAGGAAAUUGUCAAUUUGAGGUAGAGGGUAGAACUACUCAGCAGCUCUAGACUACCUGAAGUGCUGAUCUUGCCUUUGAAGACGUGCUGCUACUAUCUCUACAGCAGGCCUUUAGAGGAAAUCUGAUAAGUGAUCUGAUCUUCAAAGCCAGGGUCAGAUUUGUAAACGGAAAGAGAUUGAUGGGUUCUUAGAAUCUGGUGUCCUGCCCAUGUGUGCGUUUCUGACACUGUUCGGAUUUUGGUGAUGUAGGCAUUCUCACUGCAGGGGUGAAACCUAACCUAUAGAACGGGGAAAGAACCACUUGAAUUUUUUAAGAAGCAAAACUGCUAACAGGGGAGGGAAGUAUUUUUUAAGUAUGUGCAUAACCCUUGACACUAGAAGCUGAGUGAUCAAGAAUCAAACUUUUAACAGAAAGACCUAUGAGUUAGUUUCCUCUUAAACAAAAUACAGCUGUACUUCUUUAAUUCAGGUUGGUGGACGAAAGAACACUAUUAGCAAGGAGAUUAUCUUCUGCUUGUCAUAAGGAAUGAUAAACUAAUCUUUAGAAGAGGUAAUUCCAAAAGCACUCUUCCCCCAAGCUCUUAUUAAAGAACGUCAGCUAAAUGCACUUUAUCUUAUUGCUGCUACUUAUCUUCUGAUUGUGUUAUGUUGAUGGAGCUCUUGGAAAAUACUCUUACCAGUGAGUUUUCUCUUUGCUGUAUUUAAGGUGAUAAAUUUGCAUGAAUUAUUCCUGUAUCAAUGCUGUAAGCAAUGGAAACCAAAAUAAAAAUGAAUUGGAAAAAUA